CGAAUUACUACUUUUCAUGCAGAAAAAUUGUUGUUUUAUCAUUUUGUGUUAAUUUUUCAAUCACUUAUUCUGAAUAACGUUGGAGAAAAUUUUUGUAUUCCACAUAUACAUAUACAUAAUACACGCACACAUACGCACACGAAGUCCGCGAAAAUUUGAAGUCAUUUUUCAAUUGCAGUGAAAAGAAUCCAAAUUUAUGCAGUAGUGUUGUUGGUGCAUGAAAUGGAUGACCCGCUAUUAUUAGAGAGUGGAGCUUGUUAAAUGUUAAGUAUGUUGGAUAAUACCGAAUCAGCUGACCCGAAGAUCAAACCAAGGCGGUGCGCAAACCAAACGCGACGACGAAACGGUCACAAAGGCUACCUCGUGAUUGGUUACCUCAGUGUGGUGAUAUGCGCUUUUUUUUGGGCCACUCUGAUCUCCCCAAGUUUUGCCCAGAAUAAUGAGGCAUCCGAGUCUUCGGAUGGCUCCGCAGGUGAUUCCACAGCGAAAAACAAAACGAACCCCGGGGGAGCCGAUGACUUUGUAGAUAACUCGGUGAUAUGGCGAGAAGGCUACAUAGGCCAUGGAACAACUCACGAACAGUUGGGACAAACUCAUUGGCCGGCAGUUGAGUUUACCCCUUACAAAUCGCAAACGAAUUAUACGAAACCACCGAUUCGCAGUGAUGCAACUAUGGACAUAGUUUUUAAUUUCUCGCGUUUCGUAUUCGAUACCAUAGUCACAGAUUCUCCGGCCCUGCCGCCGGGAUAUGUUGUGCUAAAGGAUAAUGAUACUCUGGCUUUGGGUUCCAAAUCGGAGGAGGACGAUUGGGCCGACUUAAUGGCCAAGUAUUGGCUAGUUUUUGUCUGGAUUGUGUUUCUGCUUAUCGUUAUCAUUGUAGUGCCAUUUAUUGCUGUUUGCUAUUGCUGUUUCUGUUGCUGUCGACGUUGCAAACAAGGUUGUCCACCCUGCGAUGAGCGCCAGGACUAUCGUCGACGCCUCUGCUGUGGUAUUUGUUUGGGAGUGCUGAUUUUACUUCUGCUAUUGGCUCUCCUCAUAGCCUUCUUCUCGAAUAGACUUUUGGAUCGCGGUCUACAGGACUCGUCGGACACAAUUCGUCGCGGCAGUGAAGACACUUGUCUCUUUAUGAAGGAUGUUGCCGAUAAUAUCCAUCAUCUGCUGGUACUUAACUACGAAGAACUCGAGAAUCAUAUGAUUGACCAGCUUAAUGAUGCUCAUAAGCACUUGUUUUUGGAUCUGGCGGAUACAUCGGAAAGCAAUGCUGUAACCGAAUUAGAGCGUAUAUUGGAUAAUAUGCCGGAGGCUCUACAACUAAUGAGACAAGUGGACAAGUUGGAAAAGGAAUUGCGUUACACUGGUUCCCAGUUGAGAGAUGGUGUUCGAGGCAUGAAACGUGAUAUUAAUUAUGCGGCCUCAAAUCUUUGCGGAACGGAUUAUUGCAUGAGAAUGGUUAAUAACAUGGACGUUGAAUUCAUUGACACAACUCCCUGUUUGCAUUUUGACGAGCUACCUAAUACUACUAUCUAUGCGGAAAGCAUCGAGAGUAUUAUCAAGAAAAAGCAUUAUGAAGUGCCCAAAAGAGCAUUACAGCGGUUGCAAGAAGUCAAUACCAUGGUCCAAAAGCAAAUGGAGCACCUGAUACCACCUCUCAUUCGUGAUGUGAAGAAGGGAAGUGAUGCAUUCCGUGAACAGUCCAAUAGAAUACAUAAUAUUGUUGGUUCGGUGCUAAGUGAUAUUCAUCAAAAUACUCUCCAUUCAACGAAAUCGUUUGAAGAUGUUUAUGAAAGAUUCGGUACUGGCCGAGAUCUAGUCAAUUUACUGGUCUGUUUGUCACUGUUCUUGAUUAUUGUUAUACUAAUUGUGUCCCUGAUUUGCGGAGUUGUGGGCCCAGCACAGAGUGCGGGAGGAAUGGGCUUCUGCAGUAGGGGCACUGGAGCAAUGUGUCUAUUGAUUGUCAUUUUGUUGAUUUUCUGCGUGGUAUCGUUUAUAAUAUUAGUUGGCACUUUCUAUUUCAUGAUGGGGCUAAUUACCUAUGAGGGGGCAUGCGCCCCGCUUCACGAUAAGGAGGAGAAUAGCCUAAUUCGUCAAUUCGAUUCGACAAUUGAUCUCAACAUGUAUCGCUCACCUAGUCAAGAUGAUGAGGAUCAGAUGGAGGUUCCAGCAAUUCGGAUGUCUAAUGCCAUUAAGGCUUGUACGGCAAAUCGAUCAAUUUUCGAAAUCUUACGCGAGAAUCAUAUGUAUGAUAUCAACGAUUUGUCUCGUUUAAAAGUUUUGAACCUCGACGAUUCUAGCGAGCAUCAAGUUUUUGAAGAUGACCUAUCAAAAUUUGUGAUAUUAACGCCAGACGAAAGGAGCCAGAUUAACGAUUUGCGACAAGAAAAUUUAUCAACUUAUCAUAGUACCGUUUUUACUGCUAGUAUGUGCUCCUUGUACACCCCCAUGUCGCUAAGUAAUCUGGCUGAAAGUCUAAGACAACUGUCUUACGAACUAUCUUCUGAAUAUGAUUCGGCAGUCUACGCAUUUUACAAUGAACAUUUGACUGCCAAAGCCUACCACGAGGCGUAUAGUGAUGAGCUCAAGAGCACCCACAGUAGCCUUGUCAAAAAGUUGAACAAAAUCGAUGAGUUGAUUUUGUAUGAGAAUUUCGAUUUUGCUACAUCCAUACAAGUGCUGAUUGAGGCCGUAGUACGGGCGGAGAAGUUCAUUCAGGAUCGCGGCAAGCAAUUUAUCAACACGGUGACCUUAAAUCUAACUCAAACUAUGGUGGAGCAAACUGGGCAAUACGUUGAAAUGGUCGUCAGUCAGGUCAACAAUAAUGUGGGGCGAUGUGAUCCACUGGCCUACAUUUAUGAUCGUGGUGUUGAAUUUAUCUGUCAUCAUAUGGUCGAUCCGAUUAAUGGCUAUUGGGUAGGCGCUCUACUUGGAGGUUUAGUUCUAUUACCCCUCAUCUUGGUGGCCCAUCGUCUUAUGUGCCUGUAUAAGAAAAUAGUACCUUUACCUAUUGGAGCUGCUCCUGCGGCUAUUGUUGAGGGAGGGUGCCCCGUCUGUACGGGUGCUCCUUAUGUGCCACCAGCGAUUAUUACCUGUGGUGGUGGCCAACAGGCGUAUUGCGAAUGUGAACCGCAACGUGGUGGUGGUGGUGGCGGCGGACAAACGGAAAUACCCAGGCCAACUUUGGUGGCAAUCACACAAACCAUGGAGACAACAGAGAUCAUAGACGAUCAGACCACUUCAGAUAAUCAAACUAAAAGGAAACAAGAUUGAUGUUACAAAAAAACAUCUUAAAUUCACUGUUUUUGUGGCCUCUUUUUCUAUUUGGAAAUAAAUUGCUAUCUAGAUGAAUAUA